GCCUGCCGACGCUGUCCCUUUAAGAUGUGCCUGUGAGAUGAGCUCGGGCAGUGGCUGUCUCUGCUGGAGAGAAGGAGGAUCGCACAGAGCAGACACACGCAUAGAAUCACUCUCCCUAGCUGGACGUCCACCAAGUAGCAGAAAGUGGCACCUUAGUGUAGUUUCUCCUCUACGACGCUUUGUUAGCACUCGGCACUACUUCAAAAGUGCACAGUCCACCAAACGACCAAGAGGUCCGACUUGGUCGUCUAAACUCAGCCGCCUGUUGCAGCAACCUGUGGGAGAGUUGUGGUUGAAGAGGGAAUCUGCACGAUCUGGUUAAUCCAAGUGAUUUGAUCUGGGCGAGCUAAAGAACACCAAACCGGGAAGGCUCCUGUGUGGAGCUGUAGUGGUAGCACUAGGCAUGAUCGCUCUGAUAAGUGGGAUUAUCUGCCUGCUCGCCCUGGCCACAGGCAACACUAUAAAGACCCAGGAGAAGCCAGGGGAGCGCUUCGUUUGCACUGCCCUCCCUCCUGAUGCCACCCCAGGCUGCCAUAUGCCAGGCUACUCCGGAACCCCGGAAGAGGAGCUGCGAUCCACCGUGAUCCAGCUGCGGGAGACAAUCCUGCAGCAGAAGGAGACGAUUGGUAACCAGAAGGAGACUAUCCGGGAGCUGACUGCCAAGCUUACCCGUUGCGAGAGCCUGUCCGAGGGCGCAGGGCAGGAUGGCAAGCAUGGCUCGUGGAAAAAACUCUCCGGGAAGUCCGGAGGAAAAGAUACCAUGGGAGAUCUCCCCAGGGACCCCAGCCAGAUCAUCGACCAACUCAGCCGCACCAUGCAGUCCCUAAAAGACAGGCUGGAGAAUUUGGAGCAUCAAUUGAGAUCCAAUGUGUCUUAUGCGGCUCUGCCUAAUGAUCUUCGAGAGAUACUCCAGAGGAGGCUGGGGGACUUAGAGCAUCAGCUUUUAAACAAAGUGGCUGAACUUGAAGAUGAGAAGUCACUGCUUCAUAAUGAGAGUGCAGCACACAGACACAGAACAGAGUCUGCGCUCUCUGCUCUUCUAGAAAGAGUUCAUGAGCUUGAGAAAGGAAGCAGCGCAUUUAAAUCACCAGAUGAUUUCAAGGUUUCCCUCCCGCUUCGUACAAAUUACUUGUAUGGGAAGAUUAAAAAGACUCUGCCUGAGCUGUUUGCUUUUACAAUCUGUAUGUGGCUGAAGUCGAGCGCAUCUCCUGGUAUUGGAACCCCAUUCUCCUAUGCUGUACAAGGACAAGCCAAUGAGAUUGUGCUGAUUGAGUGGGGAAAUCACCCAAUUGAACUAUUAAUCAAUGACAAGGUGGCACAGCUUCCUUUCUCUAUUGGGGAUGGCAAAUGGCAUCAUAUUUGCAUCACAUGGACAACCAGAGAUGGUAUGUGGGAAGCGUACCUGGACGGUGUGAAGCUUGGCUCAGGGGAAAACCUGGCCCCAUGGCACCCAAUUAAGCCAAAUGGAAUUCUUAUUCUUGGCCAGGAGCAGGACACUGUUGGAGGAAGAUUUGAUGCCACCCAAGCCUUUGUGGGAGAACUGAGCCAGUUCAAUAUAUGGGAUCGUGUCCUGAAAGUUGAAGAUAUCGUCAACAUAGCCAACUGCUCUACCAAUAUGCCUGGCAACAUCAUACCAUGGGCUGAUAACAACGUUGACGUCUUUGGGGGAGCAACAAAAUUACCCCUGGAACCGUGCGAAGAGCGUUUGAUAGAUUUAUAGCCAGGACAUUAUUUCCUUAAGUGCCCUACUUUACUGAGACAAUCUCUAAUGAGGUUACUUAUUUUACAAUGCACUUAUUUGCUCAGAUGAUUUUUUAUAAAACCCUUGACAAACAAGUAGUUUCAGCUGGAGUGCAGUUUAUUGCAAAAAUAAAAUGCUACACAGCAUUCUGCUAUACAGUGCAUACAUCCAGAGGGUGACUGGAAGGAUCAAAUAAUUCUUCUGACCAUCAGUAGCCAUAACACUUCCUAUCCCAGCAUAUAUAGUUCUUUAAAGUCUGCUGACAUUAUAUAGCUACAACAUAUAUUUAUUAAUGAUGUACCAAUUGCAGGAUUCUGAUGGGUUUCAGACAAAUUAUAAAGGCUUUUUAAAAAGACAAUUUAAUCCUAAUUUCCCUAAAGUUUUAAGGUGGAGUAUUUUUAAAAAUAAAGAUACUGAUUUAUUAUAAUAAAUAGUAAUAUUAUUAUUAUUAUUAUUAUUAUUAUUAUUAUUAUUAUUAUUAUUUUCUGAUUCCAUUUUUACUUGAAAGAAACCAUAAGUUCAGGAAGCUAAAUCACAUAAACAAAUAUAUACAGAUGGAGCAUGUUUAUUUGAGAUUCAUGUGGCACAUAGUGGCAUGGACAAAACCCAGAUAAUUGUGACCUAAAUGCUCAAAAUCUUAACAUAAUGUGUAUGUGAACAUGGUGCAACUAAGAGUGCUUGUUGUACUGUAUAUUUUGUCUCCAAUAAACAUACUCCAUAUUGUAUGUACACUGUAUACAUUAUGCAAGUUAAGUCUCUCAUAUCUGAAAUGCUUGGGUCCAAAAGUAUUUUGGAUUUUUCCAUAAUUUGGAAUACUUGCAUACCAUAAUGAGGGAUGGGACCCAAGUCUGAACAUGAAAUGCAAUUAUGUUUCAUAUACAUCUUACACACAUAGCCCUAAUGUAAUUUUGCACAAAAUGUUUAAUAAUUUUCUGCAAGAAACAAAAUUUGUGUACAUUGAACCAUCAGAAAACAAAGUUGUCACUGUCUCAGUUUCACUCCAAAAUAUUUUAAUUUUGGAAUAUUGGAUAUGGGAGACUCAAGCUGUAUACAGUAUAUAUUCACAGUGACAGAUGCACAGACACCCACACACACCCCCACAAUAUGUGCGUGGUGUGUAUGAGUGUGUAUAUUACCAUAAGUGUUUCUUCAGUACCAUGAAGAUUGGUAGGGUGACCUUCAGUUAUAAUUUAAAUCAUUCAGAUCCUCACAAUCUAGGGGAUUUAUAGUAUGUUUGCCUCUGGAUACUUUCACUAUAGCAUUGUUUUCUCCAUAAGGGAAUUGUCUUUAUUGACAUAAGAAGCCAAACUAUUUUUUUUCUUUUUUAAUAUUAAAAAUCGUAUAUAUAAAUAUAUUUAUUCAACUUUAUUGACCUCCAAACUAUGUAAAUAAACUACUGUAUUUGGAGAUUAACAGAAAAGAAUUUAUACUAAUUUUUACUAAGACUAUUUAUGCCAGCACUACUAUUAAAUUAUAUGUAUAAAAUCUUAUUAAUGCAUAAAUGUAAUGACAUUUUAUGUUUAUUAAAAUAUGGCAUAACCCUCUGAAGGAGUAUAAGAAUAAUUUAAUAACCUGAUGAUUUAACUAAAAUAAAGUAUUGACUUUUAUGAGUCUGACCUACGGUAGACUAUUCAAAGCCUUUAUUUGAUUGGCUGUUUGUGAUUGCCAAUAUUUCCUGCUAAAUAAACACUUACAUUAAUUGCUGCUAUAUAUAUAUAUACACCAGUGGUGGUUAUUUACUAACAAAUAGUAAGUGCAUAGUAAACAGUCAGACAUUAACAUUCAUCUACUGUAACAUGCACUAUACAGAUCGUUCCAAUUGUUGAUUGGUUGCUAUGGGUUACAAUACAUGUUAGCAACAAAACCCCACUGUUUAAUAAUACAGCCAUAUUUCAUGUUCUACUUCAGAUGAAUAGACCAGCUCCCACAUCUCUGCAUCAGUAGUUAUCUUCCUUUUCCAAAAAUUGUUAGUUCAGUAAGCAUAAGGGCAAUACAGAUCAUGAGAUGAGACCUACAACUAAAAUAAUGUUGACCAUUUUCACCACAUCUAAUGCAGUAUUCUGUCACAGAAUCACUAAAAUUACAAUUGCAUACUGCUAGAAGUGAAUGGGCAAGUUAAUUGCAAUUAGCAUGAUGUAAUGUUUCUAGUUGGAUUUAAGGAGUUGUUAUUCCAUUUGUAGCAAAGAAAAUAAAUCAAAUUAAAUAAAGUAAAAAUGAUCAGCAAGUUCCUUAAAUAUCAUGUAAAGUGGCAUAGUGCUAAAUUGUAGUUAUAUUAUUACACUACCUGAACCAUCUUCAGUGUCUAUGCGCAUCUUUCCAUAAUCAUCUGUACAAAUUGUUUUAGUGCAGUGAUGGCUAACCUUGACACUCCAGCUGUUGUUGAACUACACAUCCCAGCAUGCCCUGCAUCAGUUUUAGCAAGGCCAAAUAGCAAAACUGUAGCAGGGCAUGCUGGGAUGUGUAGUUCAACAACAGCUGGAGUGUCAAGGUUAGCCAUCACUGUAUUUAGUGUGUACUGUAUAUCAUUACUGAUUCAGUUACCCUCAAGCAAAUAAUAGAUAUUGAUUAGUAGAAUUGUUACACUGCCACCUGUUGGUAAGAUGCAGACAUUGCAGUGUGCUAUCUCCAGGCUUCAUAAGCGGGUGACUGAAGUUGAGAGAGUUGAAGCAAGUCUACCUAGGCUCCAUGAUCCACCUUUGAUUUAAGCUUAGUCAGUGAACCAAGUGAACUACAGAACUGGAACGUCUCCAGAUCUCAUAAUCAAUGUCUGGUAAUGGCCAAUAAAAAAUGAUUGCAGUCCAGUUGAUGGCAGAAAGCCAAAGAAAAGUUAUCACAUUGAACGUAUACAGCAGAAUGUGUUGCAGUGAAAGAGUCACCGUGGCUAAGGGUUACAUUUUGAAUGUGGUGACAGAUCUGCUUAGUUUAGCUGUGAAGAGCCAAGGGCAUUAAAAUUAAUUGCAAAACAAAUAUAAAUUGUCAUCAUCCUUAUUGUCAGUGUAAAGGUCCAAAUGAUAACAGCCAAGUGGUAUGUAUAGAAAGGAAUACACAGGAUUCUUCUCGUCUACUUCUAUAGACAUCAGAUGGAAAAUCCACUUCACUUAUAGAUAGGGAAAGCAGCUUGGUUAAUGUCCUUUAAGGUCUAAAAAUUGCCCCCUUAUCGUUUGUCUCUGGCUAAAUAUUUGUAAUGAUAUUCUUUAUGGUUAUUACUCCAUCUGUGUCGUUUCUUAUUGGUUUCACCAUUGAUGUUCUUGUGUAAAGGGCUGAUAAUUUGAGCCAGUGCCAAAGUCACAUUAUGCUUGCCGCCUAUCAAUAUGUGUAUUGUAUAAUUUCAGUUCUAAAUAACAUUCAUUGAAUCUCUUUGGAAUAUUUUUUCUUUAAUAUAUUUUUUCUUUAAUAAUAAUAAAUGCAUUUGCACCACUUGCUUUGUAACAUGGUCUGUCCGGGUGCAGAGUUACAGUACUUGCUUGUUUUCCUUACUCCCACUUCAGAUUCAGGCCAUAAAAUAGAUGUUACAUUUGCACAGACUUGGGCCUAUUCAGUCUUGAAGGCAAGUCAGUUUUGUGUAUGGAUAUGGACAUUUUUAGCACCGCGCAUGCUCCGGCGCCAUAUACAUACAUAUGUAGGUGAUUCAGAAUCAAAUGCAUCCCAGUUGCAUAUGCACUUAAGUCUGAAUGGGCGUAACUAGGUGGAAAUGGUGCAGUGAUGUAGUGAUGGUGUGUCGAUGGAGCUACAGGCUUGCCGAGCUGUGCGUAUGCAUUGUUCUGUUUGCUUUUAGACGGAUGUCUUGCACCAGCUUCUGUAAGUGUACACUGAUAAUGACUGUUUGCUCAGCGCAUGGCUAAGGACAGUGCAGUUGUAUAUAGGGGUAAACAUCCGCAUUUUCCUAUACACACAAUGCAUUUUAAGUGCUUGCGGUCAACACUGAAUUGGCCCCAGUGAAGACAACUGCUUUCUAGGCUGAAACAGAAUUCAAGAGAAUGCUGCCCUUCAAGUCACUAGGAACCUAUAACAUUAGUGGAGGAGUCUGAUGAACAAGUGUCACCAUUGAGGUACUGCAUGUGGCACAAAAUAUCUUAAGGACAUGAAUACAGCAUACCUCAUGCUUCAGAGAAAUCACAGAUACCUAGUGAAUUGAUAGGCUGUGUUCUCAUGAAAACUAGUUAAGCUCACAGGAUAGUUGUUUGCACUGUGUAUGGGUGAGACAUGUUCUGUUCAUUUGUGCUGAACUACCAAUCACAGGAUCUUUAGGGUUGCAAUGAAUCGUGGUAGUUGUAGUCCAGUCACUUCUACAGUACCGGAAUAAUGUCCUGCAUUAUUACAUGGUUUUACAUCUUGCAAGAACACAUGAUAUGGGUAAAUAUUGGGAUGAGACAGUAGAUAAAAGGAACAUUUAUUCUGCUGUAUAAUAUUGUUUUAUUUUUUAAUAUUUACUGUAUAUGAAAUGUACAUUGAUCUGCAACAGAGUUAAUCAGCCUAUUUAGAUUUAGGUCAGAUUUUAUAAAUGGUAUAAAUCCUAACUUCAGAUGUUUUAAUUAAAAAUGCAGUAUCGGAGGAUUGCGUUUUAAUUGUGUGCUGCUAAUUAUACUGAAGUGUUUGCUAAUUGUUUUUCAUGAUGCCUUAGCAUAUAAACUCUCACUGGAAAGUGAUUAUUGUCAUUAAUGGAACUUAUUAUUUGUGUGCAAUGUCUCCACAUGUUCUUAUUUUAUUGAUAGCAUAAAUGUGAUUUAUAUAUUCUCAUGCCUGACCUGCAUACACAUCAUAUUAAAUAUUUAUGCUCAUGCAUAUGUAAACCUCCAGUCAUCCGCGUUCUUGGGGAUAUCUGCUAGUUCUGUCAGCUUAGAAAACAGAGGGGGAUUCAGUAAGAUGUGAUAAG